AUGAGUUAUUUAGUAAUUUUCCAUCUCUUUGCAUUUCUAUUGACAGAUGUUCAACUUGUUGGCGGUUUACAUUCUAAUAAAGGAACAAUUGAGAUCAAGAUAGACAAUGGGACGUGGGAGACAACAUGUGGGGCCAAUACUGAUACCUCCGAUGUCAUAGUAAUUUGCAAACAUUUGGGAUUCAAAGGAGCAAAUAGAGCAAUACGGGAGACGCCUUAUGGACAGAAUUCAACUCCUAACCAUGGGCUAUUUUGUGAUGAAAAUGACACUAACCUGUCUGAGUGUUCGCUCUCAAAUACAGAGGGAUGUUCUCGAGCAGGAGCAGCUUCUUGUCAUGGUGAUGGAUAUCUUGGAUGCUUUGUGGAUAUCAGGAAUGACCGCGCGUUGUCUGGCGAAAGUCUGGUAAAUAGCGCAUUGAUGACCAUUUCUUAUUGCAUCCAGUUCUGCAAAGAAUCUACCGAGGCCAAUUAUACAUACGCUGGUGUUAUAAAUGGAAAUGAAUGUUACUGUGGUGAAGCCAGUGAUAACUAUACUAGACAUGGACUAGGAUCAGAUGUGAACUGCCAAUAUUCAUGCUCAGGAGACCCUACUGAGAGCUGCGGUGGAGCUGGAUACAUAGCUUGCUCUACAAUCCACACAGAGACCAGUGAAACCACACCUACUAUUGGGUCAACGUGGUCCACUGAGGAGAUACAAGAAGAAAGCCUCCAAUCAGAAGUGAUGACCAAUCAACCAAGUUCUGACAUGACUAGUGGUCAUAGUCUAAGGGACGAUCUGACUUCAUCACCACUGACCACAACCUUCUCCUCAACGUUCCAGCAAUAUUCUUUAUCAGUGAUUGCAACCCUAUUCGACAUGAAUCGAAAUUGGAUAACCAUUGUCUUGUUAGUGAUUCUUUGGAUCCGGUUCAGCAUCUGUGCCAUAACAGAUGUGCAACUUGUUGGCGGUCCAGAUUCUAAUAAAGGGACAAUUGAGAUCAAGAUAGACAACGGGACGUGGGAGACAACAUGUGGGGCCAAUACUGAUACCUCCGAUGUCGUAGUAAUUUGCAAACAUUUGGGAUUCAAAGGAGCAAAUAGAGCAAUACGGGAGACGCCUUAUGGACAGAAUUCAACUCCCAACCAUGGGCUAUUUUGUGAUGAAAAUGACACAUACCUGUCUGAGUGUUCGCUCUCAAAUACAGAGGGAUGUUCUCGAGCAGGAGCAGCUUCUUGUCAUGGUGAUGGAUAUCUUGGAUGCUUUGUGGAUAUCAGGAAUGACUGGGCGUUGUCUGGCGAAAGUCUGACAGAUAGUUCACCGAUUACCAUUUCAUAUUGCAUCCAGUUCUGUAAUGAGUCUACCACAGCUAAUUAUACUUAUGCUGGUGUUGAAAAUGGAAAUGAAUGCUACUGUGGUGAAGGCAGUGAUAAUUAUACUCGACAUGGAGUAGGACCAGACAUGUCAGAUAAGAACUGUCAAUAUCCAUGCCAAGGAGACCCUACCGAGAGCUGUGGUGGAAUUGGAUACAUAGCUGUCUUUAUCAUAUCAGCCGACACGAUGACAACGAUGAAUACGCCAACUGAAUCAAUGGUUACCUCACCACCACCGACGACAUCCGUCACCGUCAACCAGACCGCCACAACAAGUAACGAAAUUGUGAUUUCGACAUCGUUGUCAUCGUCAUCAUCAGUUUCAUCAUCUCUGAAAACUCAAGGGACGUCCAAUCUUCCCACAGCGGGAAAUAGCACAGGCUUAUAUGCAGGGAUUGGCGGAGCUGUUGCUGCUGUUAUAAUCAUCAUCAUAAUCAUCGUCGCCAUCGCAUGUAUCAGAAAGAGAAGGUCACAGCAGAGGACAAAGGGUAUCGCCUCGUCACAAAGAGCGACGUUGACUCCAGUCAGCAUGCCUCCAGCAUACGAUGAGAUAAACGACUUCGGUAUCCCCAACGGUGCAGUUGCAGAGGCACCGUCUGCCAGAGGUUUCCAACCUGGGGCACAAACACACAGUAACGCGAGUUCUUCUAAAGGUGUCAAGAACGUUCUCCUUGUUAAUCUAAAUCCUAGGAAACCAUCGAAUAUAUAUGAGGGGACAAUGGAUGAAAUCCCAGACACAGAACUGACGUCAUAUGCUUCUUGUGGCACCACUGCGAUGAAACAGAACAGCAACGACCGAUUAAGCGUCCUGCACGCCACGCCUGACAAGAACGGAAACGGAGCACAGGACGGCUACGACGAAAUUAAUAUCGCAAUUGCACCUUACUCUUCUUUUGAAAAUUCUAAGCAGCCAACCACCUCGGCGAGAAUGGCCGACAGAAUGAGCGUCGUUUACGCUGCACCCGAUAAGAACAGCGAACGAAACGGCACCUCGGAAGAUAUAGACAGUCUGUAUGCUAUGCCAGAUAAGAAUGGAAACCGGAACAACACUUCGGAUGAUACGUCGGAAGAUGUCGGCAGUUUGUACGCGAUGCCCGAUAAAUCCCGAGGAAAGCCGGAUGGGUACGAUGGUGAUCAGGAUCUCUACGCUAUAGCUAAUGACUCCUUUUCUGGUGAUCAGUUUGAUGAAAUGGAGAUGGUUGAAAACGAAAUGUAUUCUAUGUAGAUAAAGAGGUGUUGGUUAAGUAACAGUAAAUAUGGUAAAUGAAUGAAAAAUUUUCUAAAAAUAUUUUUGUUUUAGAAUGUCGUAAAAACGAUCGUUAGAUUUGGAAUUUACAAAGCUGUACACAAUCAUCCACACAAUUAUUAUUUUGCUUUUACUUAAUUUCUCUACACUUUCCUGUUCAUUCAAAAACUGCGUUCCUUCAAGACAUAAAAUGUAAACAAAAGGAAACAAGUUGUAGAAAUGUACAUGUAUCUUAUUACAGAAUUGUCAAAUGAAUACUAAUAAAUACAAACAUAAUUGUACAAAUACUAUAUUAACAACAGAAAAGAUAAAUUCAUCUUCUUUUUGUACUAAAAUAAGGAUAAUUUCAUCUUCACGAUGAUUACACUAACUGAUCAGCUAAUGUAUUUUGACGAUGCAUAACAACCAAAAUUGCAGCAAAGAACAAUGAUGAAGAUAUGGGGAUCCAUUGUAUACAUCUCUUUUUAAUAAUGCUUAUAAAAAUACGCUCUGACAAAUAGCCACUUUUGUGUACUUCAGACAUAUAUUAUGCAGAAUAUGGGAAAUCUUAAUAUCUUAUGUUAGUUCGCUGAAAAACGCAAUGUGCUGAAUGGUUUAUGCAGUGAUCAAAGCUAAUUGUAGUGGAUCAAUUAUCUGAUUAUGCAGUAGAUUCAUAUAACCAUGAAAGAUGACAGAAAUACAUAGCAAAUGUAAACGAGGCAUAAAUGAUAUUACCUAUUUAAACUGAUCUUGGUUGUGUUCUUACCUACUGUAUUGGUUGAUGUUAAAGCACUUAUUUUUAUUUUGGUGAACGGGUCACUCUGCAAAUCAGGUAGAUAUCAGUACUACGUAAUAUUAUCGUUAUCGCAUUGCUUACUACGCAUUCUAUUCAGAAUUGUUUUCUAAUGUUUGAUAUAUAUUUUCAUACAUUUUUAUAAACAAGAUUGUAAAAUGUAGGAUAUACAAAAGGGGGAAAACCUUUGAUUUCGAAAAUGACAUGUUAUUCACGCACAGUAUACAUAUUUGUAUCAUUCAAGGAUUCCUGUAAUAAUUCCUUGUUUUUGAAUCUUUACACUUAAAUUUGAAUUCAGACUUGCUGUCAUUAGGGAGCAGUCAAUUACUGAAUUUUGAUAGAUUAAAUCUGAAAAUAUUUGAAUCUAAAUCCUUUGAGAUUAAGAAAUAUAGGUUUUGCGUUUAAAUUAUAGCCAGUGUUUGACUGGUCACUGUUUACAUCAUUCUGAUCUGGAUUCAAUUUAAGUCCAUGUAAUUCAUAGUAUAAUAAUGGGGGGAAUAUAUAGUAUGAAUUACCCCAAUGCAUUCUUUCAUUUUUUCAUGAAGAGGAAUUAAAGUUGUUACAAGGAUUUUCUGUCAGAGUUACUGUAUUUCAUAUCGGCAUCACAAUCUACGUGUAUUUUGAACUGAUAAAGUCGUAGCCAAUGUAAAGUCAUAGCUUUUAUAUUGAGUUUACAUUACGUUUACAGUAUGUGCUCUCCUUAAUUGUGCAUGUAUAUGUAUAUAAAUAUAUAUAUUAAAAUAAAUUGAUAACAUAAACAGUAAUAGAAAGUAUUGAGAAAACGGAUAUGUAAUUUGUACGAAAUUGAUAAGUUAAGGGGAGCUUAGAAAUUGGUCGAAAUAGUGUCUAGUAUCCGUUUUAGGAUGAUUAGCCCGUCUCGAUAUUCUACAGAAGCUUGGUUAAAAUAUCUGUAUCAUGUCAUCUUGUAAUCGAUAUUUUGCAUUUUAAUUCCUCACUUUUAUUACUAUUUCUGUUGUUAAUAAAAGAUUCCAUUUUGAAACUAA